UGCAAUCACGUGAUAACAUACAAAUACACUCAAACUCAACAGAGGAGAGAUACUCGCUUCACUGCACAUUUAUCAUCCAACACAAACUAUUAUUUUCAUCUGUCUUGUGAAAGUACGGGCAAGAAAGGAGGAGUUCAUGGGUAUCAAUCUGACAUUUUGAACAGUAUUAGUUUCGUAGAACUGCUAUUACAGAAAACAAUGACUUGUCAGGUGCGUGCUGUUUUCGCAGCAUUACUGUGUGUGUUUCUGAACGUAUGCAGUGCUCUGAUUUGUCCUGAUGGGGGAAUGUGUGAAGAUGGAAACACCUGCUGCCAAACACCAACAGGAGGGUACGGCUGCUGCCCUCUUCCUAACGCAGAAUGCUGUUCAGAUCACUUGCAUUGCUGUUAUGAAGGCACUCUGUGUGACUUGGAACAUUCUAAGUGUGUGAACAAAACACAUGUUUUAGACUGGGUGGUAAGAGUCGCUGCGAAGCAGCAAGCUGUGGUUUGUCCGGAUCAAGUGUCCGAGUGUCCUGACGACACCACCUGCUGUCAGAUGCCUGAUGGGAGCUGGGGCUGCUGUCCUAUGAAAAAUGCUGUGUGUUGUGAAGAUAAGCGACACUGCUGUCCUGAGGGAACAACCUGUGACCUUGAACAUUCAAUGUGUUUGUCAGACACCUAUGGCCCCUCCCCCCUCUGGAGGAAGUUUGCCGCCCAUCGUAGGAUGCCGUUGGAGAGAAAAGCAGAAAAAAUAGUUCCCUGUAAUGAAACGGUAGCAUGUGAAAGUGGUACCACCUGCUGUAAAACAGAAGGCGGCACCUGGGCGUGCUGCCCCCUACCGGAGGCCGUGUGUUGUGAGGAUCAUGCCCACUGCUGUCCACAUGGCACUGUGUGUAACCUCGCUGCGGCCACUUGCGAUGACCCUGCUGACCUUUUGAUGUCUGUACCCUGGGUAAAGAAGGUGUCCACUUUUCCAAUAGCUCCAGAAUCACCCAAUCAGAAAUGUGACGAGACGAUGUCAUGUCCCGGUGAUUCUACAUGCUGCAAACUAUUGACUGGAGGCUGGGGGUGCUGCCCACUGCCACAAGCAAUUUGUUGUGAAGACCAUCUCCACUGUUGCCCCCAUGAUACUGUGUGUAAUCUGGCUGCCAGUACCUGCGACAGUGCCAGUGAUCAGGGUCCCCGUUUUUCUGUGCCUUUGGUGAGAAAGAUUGCAGCAGUGACCCUGCCAUCACAGAAUCAAAACUGCGAUGAAACAUCACUCUGUCCAACAGGGACAACCUGUUGCAAAUUAAACACGGGGGCAUGGGGAUGCUGCCCUCUGUCACAGGCUGUGUGCUGUGAUGAUCAGGAGCACUGCUGUCCACAGACCUACAAGUGUGACCUGACUCACAAAACCUGUGUUUAUCCUGGUCUUACCAGCAUACCCUGGUUGAAGAAGCAGCCUGCACUGAGCGUGACACAGCAGUCUGAACCUAAUGUUGUUGCUCCAGCACUGGCUGGUAAGGGGCACAGGCACAUGUGUGAUGAUCACACCAGCUGUCCCAGAGAUGAUACCUGCUGCUUUAUGAACAAACUCGGCAAGUGGGGCUGCUGUCCUUUGCCAAAGGCGGUGUGCUGCAAGGAUGGCGAUCACUGUUGCCCAAGUGGUUACACGUGUAAUGAGAAGAAAACAUCAUGCACUAAAGACUACCAUGAGAUCCCCUGGUACAGGAAACAGGAGGCAAGGGUAACUGAGAGGUCAGAGGUGUUGUCUGGUGUUGAAGAUGUGAAGUGUGAUUCUACAACCAGUUGUGCAUCUGGAUCUACCUGCUGUAAAUUACCCACAGGGGAGUGGGGAUGUUGCCCUCUUGUUAAGGCUGUGUGUUGUUACGAUCAUAAGCACUGCUGUCCACAGGGCUACACCUGCAACCUAGAGUUUGGAACCUGCAUUAAACCGUCAGAUGUGCACACUGUCGCUCUGAUACAAAAACAUAGACACUCAAACACACAGUCAGAAGAGGAGGUGGUGUGUGACGCGUCAACACGCUGCUCGAACACACAGACCUGCUGUAGACUGUCAGACACUACGUGGGCCUGCUGUCCAUAUAAAGAGGCGGUAUGCUGCAAUGAUAUGAAACACUGUUGCCCUAUGGGAUACAAAUGUGACCCAAAAGUGAAAGGUUGCACUAAAGAAUCCUCACUCACUUGGUGGGAGAAUUCUCUUUAAGUGAAACUGAAAACACAAACAUAUGUCCACCCACCACUGACUGACACGGAACCACAACUACAUACAUAAUGCAUACAUCCAGUACUUUACACACGAACCCAACAAUACAUGUUGCAUACAUUAUUGUCUUUUAAGAUGCCCGCUAUGUAAUAAGGGACUAUGCGUCUAGUUUUUAAAAACGUAGUUUUUUUUUCCUGGAGUAAAAUGUGUAGAACUUUACUUUAAAGCGGAAUAAACUGAAAAACUGUUUGUUUAAAGUCUCGGAUUGAAACAGAUUCUGCUGAAAUGAAACUGAAAAAAGAAAUUAAUAAUAACAAAAGUUAAUUCACUUUAAAGAUCAGCCCACACUGAGUUCUGCAAGUUUCCCUGUUGCUUAAGAAAUUCAGAGUACAGAAUACAGAAUCAUUUAAAGCAGAAUUCAAGAAUGCAAGACAGUGAACUGAGAGCAGAACUAGAAUGGAUUAUGUGAGGCUGAAACAUUCUCAAAAAUCCCCCCAAAAAGUUGUCUAGAUUGUCUAAACAAUGUAGCUAAAUAACUAAACCGAAAACUGUAAUCCGAGACUUUUUAGGCUGAUAGGACACAUCAGAACCUUGAUGGUUUUAACAUCUGAUUCUGAAAGAUUUUGUUCCAAAAUUAUAACUGCGACUGCAUUUGAGCCAUGACAAGAAUUGAAGUGGACAACCAUUUCAAUCCUGUCAUACCUGGUGUUAAAGCCUCUGUUAAAUUUCACAUGUUUUAAUGAAGUAAAAUUACCUGCUUUUCAAUUUGCAAGUUUCUAUAGGAUUAGUGAAGUCAGAAGCGCUCAAAUGCAUUUUGAAAGAUUUAUCAAUACCUGAAAUAGUAUGUGUCAUCCUCAAUAUUCACUACAACUGCUUGCUUUGCUUUUGUGUUUUUUGUUUUGGUUGUUUUAUGUCUGAUUUUUAGUUUUCAAUUUGUUGACCUGUGAUACAAUGAGGUCAUAUUGAUUUUUUUUUAUUUUAAUUUUUUUAUUAUUAGUUGUUGAAGUAGAUUUGUUUGUUUUGGGGUUAAUAAUUUUACCAGCAAAAAACUCUGAAAUUAAACACUUUAAAAUAGAUCAUGCUGACUCAUUCAUUUCUUGGAUGACUGUUUUGAUAAACUCUGUCUGGUUGCCAUGGUGGAUGUGAUUGGCCACUCAUUGCCUAUUGUUGCUGAGGUUUGUGAUCCAAAGAUGAAUGGAAUAUCUAGGAAGUGUUUUUACAAGGAUUAUGGGAGGAUUUCUCACCAGUUUAACUAAUGAUAAACACAAAACAGCAUAAAAAUGUGAAAAAUAAUGGGAGGAAAAGUUCCUUCAGUGUUUGCCUUUUGACAAGUGUUUGAGUUUUAAGAGCGACUUUAACCAAUCAGAGAGGCUGACAUGGAUAUUCUAAAUGGAUAUUCUAGUUACUUCAUAUAUAUGGUGUUUGCAGAUUUGCAAUGAAUUCUCAUCUUGUCUUGGCUUCCCUAGUGGACAAAAUUGGUAGUACAUAUUUCAUAUGUCAAUCACAGUUCAUUAUUUUAUUUUGCUGUGAAUGGAAAUUGAUUAAAUUUGGCAUGUGUCCUCAGAGUGUCCUGUAGUCCAUGUCUACCAAAUUUUGUGAAAUUUUGACAUUGCUUUCAAAUUAAGUCAGUUGGUUUUGCCCGACUCCGGGAAUCAGAGAAAACAUUUUAUUAUAGCCCAUAAGCUUCUGAAGAUAUUGUUGAAAAUGUAAAAGGGUUUAUUAUAGCACCAUCUAGGGUGGAAUGGGGAUGUUUAUGUGCGCCUGUGAGUAGUGUGGGGAGUGGGGGGAUUUAGAACCAUCCUGCAAAAUUUGGUGUCUCUAGGACUUGAAGUUUUUGCUGCCCAGAUGCUUUUAGAGAAGAAGCUUCAGUUCUUGGACCCCUAAUUUUAACAUUAUCAUGGGGUAUGUCCCCAUUUAGAUAGCUAAUGAAAUGUGUGUGUUGGUUCUAGACCAGAAAGGUGUGAAUGUUGUUAAGUAUGUGCAGUUAUGUUGAAAUUGGAAACCAGGAAAAACCGAAGGAGAAAAAUGUCAUUGUCUGACAGUUUAACUACAACAAACAGCAAUUGGAAAUCAAAGUUCAAGGUAAAAAACAAACAAACUUAGAGACAGAAAAAAAGCUGAGGAAUGUUGGACUCUGAUAAAUGAUCUGGUGUGAAAGUGAGCGACUGAGACAGCUGCUGGGCGAGGGAUGAGGCAGCUCCAAACGUGCCAAAUGUCACUAUGCUAUUAAUAUACUUAAGGCAGCAGCUCUCCAGUGAACACUACAUAGGGAACACAGUAUCUGUGAGUGUUUGUCAAAUUAAGAGGGAUGGAAGUUACAACGCUUUUCUUGGGAAGGUUCCCUCCAAAACAUAGAUCCUCAGUCAAAAUACUUGAAACUCUUGUUAUUUGCCCCAGUUAUCUCAUUGGCCUCCAUUCCAGCCAGGAGGACAGAGGAAUGGCCAUACUGACCACGUCUCACUCCAGCAGGCUUCAGGAGGUCUCUACACUGGCAUAUCUGGAUUAGGGGACUUCAACGUCGGGCAAAGAGUGUGGAGACGAGGCAAGAGCUGUGGAAGAAUGAGAGCAAGUGGCCACGGAAGAAGUAGGGAUAUCAUUCAUCAUGGCACAGCCAAGAGAUGAGGAAUGUCAAACCUUUGGCUUAAAACAUGUAGAAAACAGCAUUAUCCAGUUGUGCCUUAGCAACAGGUUCCUGUCAAAGAUGAAAAGAGAGAUGAAAGCUACACUCUGUUCCCUCCAAAAACUUCAAGAAACAUAGAACAGAGACUGAAGACACAAGCACAACACAUGUAGAGACACAAACAGUGGACAAAUGAGCUGGAAAGACAGAGCAAAAAAGAGAAGAAUAAGAUCUGAAGAAAAUGUUAGACAGAUAAGAGAGGAUCCUUCUGUAUUCUCUGAACAUAAGAACGACUGCACCUCAAGAUGUUCCAAACACAGAAUCCAGGGUGUCGACAGGUUCUCAUCCACUCCAGAGCACUUAUCUUGGCUUCAACAGGUCACUCAAACUCCAGACAACCAAAAUGCUAGCGUCCAUCUCUGCAGUUGUCCUCAGGAAGGCAACAUUAGCAUUUCCCAUUUGUGCCUUCACAAGUUGGAGGUUGACUUCCCUUCUAUCUUGGAGUCUCAUCGCACAAUAGACUCAGAGUCAGCAUAUAUUUAUGCUGAAAGUAUCAAAGGCUGUUAUUCUUCUUGCUGUACCUUUCUAGGAGACUGUGAUACCCACAAUCUCCAUGCCAAAGUUCACAUAAGUAACAGGCAAGAUCCUGUAUCUGUCUAGAACAGCUUUGAUAAAGCAGAAUGUAAAGACUCUGAUAAUUUGUACAUGUUGAGUGACUAUAAAUCGACCAGUAACGCUCCAAAUCUUCACAUUACAGUGCCAGGCUUAACACUAACUGCUUUGAGUCUUUCUCAGAUGAUGGGGAUUUUGACUCGUAUUUACACAGAUUGGGAUACGGAUUUCUGUCACAGUCUUGCCAAGGCAGAAUGGGGUUCAGCUUCCUCUAUAUUCAGCAAAAGUUCUGAGAGUUCAUGCUACACCGCUGACUGUGAAUCCGAUUCCUCAUUGUUCCAUUUACAGUUGAACCUACAGCUCUGAUUCUAACUGUUAAGUCAUCUUUUAAAGGUUUUGAAAAGAUUCACUUUGACUCACUCAACAAACAUUCCAAAAAUGGAUCCUGUGAGGUGUUUGUGCCAGAAUUUGAGGGUUGCUUUGACUGUUAUAUUAAAAAAGUUGUCUGCAGAGUCAAAUUCGUCGGACCCAGAGUCCAUUUUUUUGGUGGAUUGUCCCGAGCUGGAUAAAAGUGAACUGUGUGGAUUUGUGACUCAAACAGACCGCUGCCACUUCUCAGGAUUUUUUCGUGAGAUGAUUAAAGAAGCAACACAGAAGAAACACCAGGAGAAAAUGAAUGUAAAUGAGGGGUUUCUAUUCCACCCCAAGCAGUUUCUCUAGGUGAAGAACUCAAAAUAUCAAGAGGGUCAUGAAUAUUCACUUCUUCGCCACAUCCAGAAUGGGUCAUAUGGAGAUGUCUUCAUCCGAGACAAACAAAUAGGAUUUACAUGUGCUGCCAAGAGGAUUCCUCUUUGUAGCAUUAGGUGAGAGAAGUGGAAACAUGGAGCCGACUGGACUCUCCUCGUGUCAUCCAGCUGUAUGGAGCCAUGAGAGAAGGAGCCAAUGUGAUACUCUUCAUGGAUCUAAAAAGAGAUUAUCAGUGAGCCCCCUCCUUUUGUGAGAGAUUCCUUCUGACUGUGACCCACUGACCUGUGAUGCCAUCAAAACGGGGCUGGUUAAGGAGCCAAAAGAGAGAGACUCGGCAUCCGAACUGCUGCAAAAGACUGAUAAAACACUCAGAACAUGUGCAGACUGUUACAAAGCACUUAUGAUUGCAACGAAAUGUGCAUGCUUUUAAAGUACCAAUGUACAUUAAACCAUUGGCAUAUGUUAUGCACCUUCAGUAUGUGGGCUCUCUGGUCCUGAAGCAUCAAUCAGGCAACAUUUAGCACCUGUCAAUGAGGACUGGCCGAACGUGAGCUUGCGAGAGAUAUCUGUCCCAAUUGCCAAGUCAACUUUGACGACCCUAGACUUCACAGUCAAAACAACAGCUCCUACCUUCUCAAAUGCCCUUUCAGCACCUUCAAUCCUCUGUGUGAGCACAUGGAGAGACAGAGCUGUAAAUGAGGAUGAAUUGGACUCGGCGGCAACAGACUCAACAGAGGAGGGCAAAUGGGACGAGGAUGGAAAGAAACCUGUGGAAAAAGGACAAAACGAGCAGCUGGAUGGAGAUAUUCUGGGGGGCAGAGGAAAACAAUGAGGGAAAUGUUGAACAAAACUAUGAGAGAGAAACCGGCAAGCUCGAAUCAGACUAAGAGACAGACAUGUGUGAUAAAUACAUAUCAGAAGUCAAAGAGAACUGUGAAGAAACAAAAGAAUGGACAGAUGAAAUGCGUGCUGAAGAAAGCAAAACCAGUGGUGUUCUUGAUAAUUUCCUAGAAAAGAGAGUUGUGUUUGGAGAAUAUGGUGAAAUGGUAGACGAGGUGUUUUAGAAGCAGAGAGCUGUGAUGGAGAGAUCAGAAGUCUUGUGAGCGAUGGAGAGAUUUAUGACGAGGUGGAGAGUGAUUUGGAGAGUCUUCGAGAGGUGGGAAGCGAUUGUGCGCAGGAGGAAUGGGAACUGUUCCUAAAGUUAUAGACACUUUAUCACCCAAAAGAAGCUCACCCACAAAGUGAAGAAGACCACUACACUGAUUCCGACGAAGAGUCGGUCACACUGAAGAAGAACGAAUGACUAUAUGACUUCACAGAGCAAAAAGUGACAAGUUUACCUGAUUCUCGCAGAGCACAACCUCUCACCUGUACCAGCCACUGUGACUGUGAACAAGACCUUACUGAUGAGGAUUCUGAUGAUCUGAGCUCAGGGGUUUUCUCCUCCUGAAGCACUACAGACGGUCAAAGCUUCAAUGUCAAUUGGUCAGUGUCAAUGGAUCAGACAUCAUCUUGCUACUUUGAAGGACUUGGGGUGGAUAUAUGGGUGGAAGAUGUAAGCGGCGAGAGUUUAAAGAUCAGAGAGAGGCCGCAAGUGAAAAUCGGACACAUUGCCGUGGGGAUAAGCGAGCAGAUAUCUAUGAGAACCUUCAGUUUGGCCACCCUGGAUGGGCAGCUGGUUUCUCCAGACACAGAGGUGUGUGAGUCAGGCAUGUGGUUGCAGUGUGUCCCUGCUCCUGACAGAAACCCCAAUUGGGACUGGAGGGUCAGAGAUGGAAAACUAGAGCUGCAAGGCUAUGAUGAACAUUCAACAUUGCCACUCUUGCAAGAGUGACCUCCACAAACAGUCUGGAGUUUUAGAUGUUAAAUUCUAUUUUAGCUGAUACUCACUUUAUUUGUUUUUGGUUUUGUUAAUCAAUUCAGUCCAGUUGCAACUUCAUGCAAUGUGAGCAAAUGUGUAAUAACUUGUAGUUUUAUUGAAGCGGUAACUCACAAUUAAGUAUUUUUGAGAUUUUUAACUAGUUUAAUCCUUGUGCGACCUUUGGGACAUUUUUGCUAUUUUUGUUUUUUAGAUAAUUUUGGCUGUGUAAAUGCUAAUGGCAUAAAUAUUGCCAAAGGUGUGUAUUUUUGGGGGAAUUUUUAUAUUUCAACCUCAGUUCCUAUAAUACAUCUAUAAUACACUGUGUACACAAAAUAGUUACACUCAGGACCUUAAGGACAAAAAUGUCCCCAUUAAAACCCAUUAAAACUGCAAUAUUUGAUCCCAGUGCCAUUAAAACAUAAAAUCAUGAAUUCUAUGAUAUUAUGCUUUCAUUCAGGAGCCCUGGCUUCAAAAUUAAAAAUUGUAAUAUUUUACUCCAGAUUGUGCCAUUUUUCUCAUGUUUAGCCUAUGGAGCAAAUACAUGCUUUUCUCCUAUUUUCUGUUUGCUGUAUUAUAGAGCACUGCAGGCCAAGUGAAUAAAUGAUGCAGCUAAAAUUGUGUGGGUGUGUUGGAAUGGAUGGCAGAGUAUGUUUUGUAUGUGUGUAUUGAGAAAUGUGUGUGUGUGUG